CACCUCUCUUUUGAGCACUGCAUGUCUAUUCAUCUCAAACUAGACUUCGAAUAGGUGGUGGCAUUCUUUGCUGCACGUCUUUCAUCCUCUUGCCAUCCACAGCUUGCUUCAACCGACGGCACACACAAGGCUGAGGCUGAGGCUGAGGGGCGUCAUCGGGUCUCGAGACCUACGAACACCACGACCAUGGCUCCUUUCAAUUCGCACUCGGCAGUUACCGCUCACCAAGGCUUCCAUAGCAUGUCUGCGGGUGCUUAUCCCCACAUCCACGGUAUGCAGCCCGAGCCAGAAGCCCAGCUCAAUAUCAGCGAAGAGCACGAAGACUACGAGGGUUAUGAAGACUACGAGGAAUACGAUGAAUCAGACUGGGACUGGCCAUACACAGCAGAUUUGAAAAUGAAAUCCAAGUGGCCUCCGCACCCCUCCAUCGCCGGCUGCCGAUACUUCACGUCAAGGGAGGAAGCCGCGAAGAAAGCAUUGAUCAUACCACCACCGCCGCCUUUCUUCGACGCUUCGCGCUGGUACUUCGAGCCCGACGCCACCUCAAGCGGAGUGGGCAAGUGGAAUACAUGUCACUUGCUAUCCCUACCGAAAGAGCUGCGUUUGGAGAUCUGGAAGUACGUCUUGUCGGAUCCCUCGGUGCCUGAUCUUGUAGUGCGCAUCCGCCGACAACCGUCCAGCCCCUGCUACAAGCUUACACGCGCUCCGGACCCACGCAUCAGGACAUCAUUGCGGCCGCCUCGAAACUGUCCGAUCAACUUGAACUUGCUUCUUGUGAACCGAUUCAUCUACGAGGAGGCUCUGCCGAUUCUCUAUGGCUCCGUUAAGUUUGCUCCUUCGGAUUUGGAAGGUAUAUUCCCAGUGUUUCUGGAUUCGCUAUCUCCCUCAGCGCUGCCUCUCAUUCGGCACAUCAAGCUGUCUAUCCCGGACUCAUUGUCUGAUUCCUACUUGUUCGGGGAUAUCUCAAAACCACUCUUCCAUUGGGCAAUCACAUGUGCCCAGGUUGCCAAACUGAACGACACUUUGCGCACCGUCGAAGUGGAGGGAGACAUGUGGGCUUUUGAAGGACCACGGAAUAGAAGGGCCCUUCUCUACCCUCUUUGCAAGAUCAAAGCUGCCAAGAAAUGGUCGGUACCAAACGAAGACGCCCAGUUCCAACGACUCCUCGCCGAAGCCGACGAGGAGCUGAAGGCUAAAGCAAAGCUGCGCGAAGAACGAACCAAAGCCGAAGCCGAAGAGCGCGCACGACGUGCUGAGCGUGAGUUAAGUAACCCGCGGAGCAUCGCGCAGUUUGAGAAAGAGUUGACCGAAAACGCAUGGUCUGCAGACACCUGUGAAGGAACUCUUGAAGGGGAUCCGGAGUUUGAGGCCGAGGCCGAGUCCGAGACUGAAGAUUGGGAUAUGGUGAGCUUGAGGAGUGGGACUUCUACUCCGCAGGCGAGACCUGUGAGUGCGAUGUCCGAUGCCAACGAUGAGAUCUGGAUGGAUACUGCGUCUACCAUUGUUGGAAAGGAAGAUGUAACGGAAGGAGACGGGGGCGGUGGGCAGGCGGAUAAAUUGGAACGCCUCGGCAAGUGACUUGUCGCAUCGCUGUUGAUUAACCGAUCUGUAUUACAUCCCUGGAUAGUAAGAAAUCUCUGUUCAAUCC